GUCAGUCACUGGACACAAUGGAGACCUGUCCCAGCCCGUCUGAAUAGGAUUUCCUCUGUGUUGACAUGUCACCAGGAUUUGGUAAAGUGCACGGAUCUGGGCAACUUUAGAAAGCCAGCAGCUGGGGAACAAACUCCCUGCUGAGAUGAUCUGCACUUAUGGAUAUAUAUACACCUACUGAGAUGAGCUGCAGUACAACACAAGGCCUUAUGAGACAGAUAUUCAACUAACAUACUAGUGCAUUAAAUGUUCCCAAAAAACUAUUUUCCUGGACCACAGCUAAAAUCACAAGUAUUUACCAGACCUGUGCUUUGCUUCUGACUACUAAAAGGGAAAGAUGACCGCUGAAACUACAGUCAACUUCAAUAAUGAAACACUAAAGAGCACAGCUAUUACUGACAUUUAUAACAUUACAAUGGACAAUAUUUCAAUAAAUGCCACCAAAAUCCCAAUGGAUUUUACUGACCCUCUACCUAUCAUCAUCUCUCUUGUGUUCAUUUUCCUCCUCCUUGCCACCUGCCUCAUUUUUGUAACAUUGUGCAAGCCUGCUGCCUUAGAUCAGUCUCUAUAUGGACCACGGGAAUUCAUGCCCUAUCACGUGGAAGAUGCCAGUGAGCCACAGCUCAGACUUUGGAAGAGGAUAGGCUCACUCAGGCAAUCCAUCAACAGCUUCAGACGUAGUCGGCCAAUCUCUCACUGCCAAAGGACUUGUCCAAGGCAAAUUACAACAACUCAAGACAGGUCUUUUUUUGAGUCCACAAAAAUGUGAUGACCAUGUUCAUCAUCUUUAUUAUCUUUAUUUCUCUUGUUGAAUUAGAUUCUUCAUUUUCUUUUUUCGCUAAAUGAACAAUGAAGAAAGGGCUGAAAUGGCAACAGCACUGAAGCAAUCAUAGUUACACCACACAUCCGUACCAAUAACUUCUGCUCAGUACAACGCUAUAGUCAUAUAUUUCUGUACAUGUACAAUUUUUUGUCUGUCUUGAGUUGGAAUGGCAGCAUUGGAACUCUAGAUAAUAAAGUCCAAGCAUGAAAUAGACAUAGAUAAAUUUAGUCGUAAUUUUAGUUGGUCUUUCUAAAUGAAUUGUUGUCACGUCUGGCUGCACAUCUUCACAAGUCUGCAAUCAUUAAAGAUUAAACAUGCAGCUCUAAUAAAAGUUGCCUUUUUACAAAUGUAAAUAUUUACAAUGUUUUUUUUUCUUUUUCUAUAUAACACGUCAAUUAAAAACGGAAGUGCAGUAGAUAAAAAAAAACUGUAAAAUUAUGUAGUGUAGAAAAGCAUAAGACAAUUCUCUCUAAUUGGAGGUAAUGAAUAUUCACAAACAAAACAGGCAUCAAGGAGCACAGCCUGUUCCUGUGGGAUUGACAACAUAAUGUUUAGUUUAUGUGCACUUUUCUAUAUUCUCAUUUUAACUAUGAAUCUAACGUUUACAGCUAAUAACACCUACACUUUAUCUUCAUUACAUCACAGUACAGACUGUAACACUUGUUGUGAUCUGCAAUGAUUGGGGAAAGACUUUGGAAGGUCUAUAAUGAUCUUUGCUACUCUCCACCUGUGGACAAUAUAUAUUAGCAGAUUUUGGGGGAAAUUUACUAAGACCUGCGUAUCGCACUGGACCCUGAAUAAAUCUGCCUGUGCAGUGACAGGGCCGUAUACUGAACAGUGAAAUCUGCUCCGCCCUUGUGCAGAUUUCUGCUGUAUUGAAAGCUUGCAUAGAGACGCUGCCACACCCUCUUGACUCCUCGCUUGGCACACUAUUUGAAAAGUGGCAUGCUUGGCAAAAAGUCACAAAUUUGCGACUUUUUGACACCACAAAUAUGUGGGUAAAUAGUUAUAAAUUUGUGAUAAAUUUCCCCCUUUGUGUAUGGUAAAUGCCAUUUAGCUUUAACAUCGGCUAGAAGUACUUUGGACUAUUGUUAGACUAAAUUCUGAUUUCCAUGUCCGCAGAAAGAAUGAACCUGUCCAUUCUUUCUGUGGACUACACAGGGAAUGCAUUGCCGUCUAUGAGAUGGUGCAUUCCCAUGAGGUCCUAGUGCCGGCAUGUUAUGUCGGCGCCCGCAGCACAGAGAUUUUCUGUCCGGACAUUCCAAGCUGUGAACAUAGCCUUAUUAUUAUCUAUCUAUAUCGGCUAAUAGCAUUAUUGCCAAUCUGAUGUGCUGUUUUAAUCUAUUAGCAUGUCACUGAUGCAUUUUUAGCAUAGCGUUAUUUUAGGCGAUUUUAAAUGUUGUUUAUCCUUUGUAUAGCUAUUAUUGCAGUAGGGUGCUGAGAUAGGAGGUUUUCAGAUAUGGACAUCAAUCUAGGUGGAUGAAUUUAUUGCUCCAUGUAUAACAGAAUUUUUAAAAAAUGAAUAGAAUGCUGGAGGAAUUACUCAUACCAAUAAUUCCAUCGUACGACCUGUGCACAAAGUGCAAUUUUAGUCAAAAUCUGGCAAACAUCUUUUUUAAACUAAUAUGCAGGAGUUGCUCUAAAUUUAAUAUGGACAUGCG